UAUCCCCGUGUUCUGGGCGACCCUUUAAAAACUACAAGCAGCCCGCAGUUCUCUUUUUUCAGCAAAGCAACAAUUUACCAGUCACAUGCACGUUAACCUCCUCAGUUUUCGCAAUUGUAGAAAAAAAAAAGCCGAAGCCAUGAAGUGUUAAAUAUUUGAAAUUGAGUCGCACCGACAUUCGGCCGCAGAGACACCGGGACCGGAGACGCGCGCGCGCUGCUCUCACGCGUCCGUGAGCGGCCACAACAAAGCACAGGCUAUUCAUUUAUAAAAUAAAUCCUCUCCGCAAAGUCGACAGUCUUUUUUCACGGUUCUGAAGAAUUAAAUAAAGAAAUCAAGCUGGCUCACGCCGUCUCGAACCCGACUAGUUUGACAGCUGCUCUUCACCCCCUUUGGAGGACUGUCAACAGCAAAAGGAUGGCAUCAGAACUGGCAAUGAGCAACUCCGACCUGCCCACCAGUCCCCUGGCCAUGGAAUAUGUUAAUGACUUCGAUCUGAUGAAGUUUGAAGUGAAAAAGGAGCCGGUGGAGCCCGACCGCAGCAUCAGCCAGUGCAGCCGCCCAGUCGCCGGCGGAUCCGUAUCUUCCACCCCGAUGAGCACGCCUUGCAGCUCGGUUCCUCCUUCGCCAAGCUUCUCGGCGCCCAGUCCGGGUUCGGGGAGCGAGCAGAAGGCGCACUUGGAGGACUUCUACUGGAUGAGCGGCUACCAGCAGCAGCUGAACCCGGAGGCGCUGGGCUUCAGCCCGGAGGAUGCGGUGGAGGCACUGAUCAGCAGCGGCCACCAGCUCCCCAGCUUCGACGGCUACACCCGGGGGCAGCAGUUCGGCGGCGGGGCGGGCGCCGGAGGCACCGUGGCCGGAGAGGAGAUGGGCUCGGCGGCCGCCGUGGUCUCGGCCGUGAUCGCGGCGGCGGCAGCGCAGAACGGCAAUCCGCUCCAUCACCACCAUCACCAUCACCACCACCACCACGCCAAUGCGCACCACGGAGCGCCCGGAGCGCCCGCCAACGGCUCCGCAGCGGGGAGCCACCAGCACACGCGCCUCGACGACCGCUUCUCCGACGAGCAGCUCGUCACCAUGUCCGUGCGGGAGCUCAACCGACAGCUGCGCGGCGUCAGCAAAGAAGAAGUGAUCCGGCUGAAGCAGAAGCGGCGGACGCUGAAGAACCGCGGCUACGCGCAGUCCUGCCGUUUCAAGCGCGUGCAGCAGCGCCACGUGCUCGAGGGCGAGAAGACACAGCUUAUUCAGCAAGUGGAGCAUCUCAAGCAGGAGAUCUCCAGGCUGAUGCGGGAGAGGGACGCGUACAAGGAGAAAUACGAGAAGCUCAUCGGCAACGGCUUCCGAGAAAACGGCUCGAGCAGCGACAACAACCCUUCAUCUCCGGAGUUCUUCAUGUCUUCAAGAAAAUUUCUGCAUCUGUGAUAUGAAGCGUGAAUCCUUUAUCUUCACCCCUGCAGUCUGAGGUCCCACAACACUGGAAUGCUUCUAGCUCAGACUGACCCAUGGCACCAAGACUGCCCCAAAGCACAACAGUCAACCUGCAAAGAAAGGAAGAGAAAAGGAGGAAAACGGAGAGGGAAAAAUAGAGCUGGUGCCAUUCUUCAGUCUUUGCCACCUUCUCUUCUUCUGCUGAAUUUUUCUUUCUUCUAAAGUUGGUUGUCAGCAAACGAAGACCACCUUUUACAGGGAAAAUGCUUUCCAAACAUUCACAAACAUAAAAGGACAAGAAAAAAGGAGUUUGAGAGGAAAGUUCCACCUGAAAUUUCUUAUGACUGUGAGACUCUUCCCUUCAGCCAGCACUGGUCCUCCUGUCGUCCUUAAAGAUGCUGCUUCAUUGUAACUAGCAUUAACAUAACAGAAUUUUGUAAACGUUCACUGUAGACUGUAUCUGAAGUCUUUGGGCAGAUGGAGUCACAAAUUAGAAGAAUUAUUCAGAAACAUAUGUGAAGUAGAACAGCACUCUGUGUAUAUUAUGUACAGCAUAUCUACUGUAUACAGACCAGUCCUUUUCAGUGGUUGUAUAUGUAAAUAGACAGCGUACGUCUGCUUCCUCUUCAUCGUCUCUGCACCUUUGGUACAGCAUUUACUCGUUCAUGUUGAUUUGUACAGACGGAUGGGCAAUAAUGACCAUUUUAAGUCCUGAUAUUUUAGAUGAAUUUUGUGUUGAGUUCACUAAGAGAACCCACUUUAAUACACACAUUUUCUUUUUCAACACCCCUAGCUAGAAAACUUGGUGUUAGUUGUCGAUUAGAGAAACGUGUACAGUGUUCUAGCAGUAGCUCUAAUCAAUCACCUUACAGAAGAAAGAUGAGAAACCCACGUGGCCCGGGACUUGCAAAUAAGAAACAGUACAAAUCUCUCUCGCUCUUUCUCUCUCUUUGCUUCCAUCCAUCAGUCUAGCAGACUGCACUCUUGGUCUCCGGCACUGCCUGCUUACUAUAAAUUCCCUUUCCUUUUUCUGCUCUUUAUUAUCUCAGCCCUCCUCGUGCAUGGUGAAGAAACAAUCAGUUGUGGUGACGGUUGAGCCGCGAUGGUAAGCCGUGCCGAGCUGAGGGAUUAUGUCCUGGUCACAGUGCCUGAGGGCCACCGGACCGCUCCUGCACCAGCCUCUCGCUGAGCUCCCACAGGCUGAGGGCACUGGACGGGUCCUGGGCCUGCGCUGACGGCAAACAGCGGAAACAGUUGUUGAAGUACAUCCCACCCAGGCCUUCCAGCUCCGGAGCCACAGCACAGUACACCGUAGUGGCUGCACCUUGUUGCUGCAAAAAAAACACACAGAAACAAAAACCAUGAUGUCAAAACAUAAAAAACAGAGCAUGAGCAAGGACAUUUUUAAGGGAUGACAUAAAAAAAGACAUUGGUAUGAUCAUCUACAACCCCUACAGAAGGUUCUCGAGUGAUUAAUGACAAAGUAACAGCAAAGACAAACAUAAUAAGAUCCUGAGAGGAGUUCACCUAGACAGACGGCUAGCCACAGCCUCAGUGACCAGACUGACAGGGCUGUGUGUGUGUGUGUACAUACAGACUCUCUGACUUCACUGAACACAGGAUAAAUGGCGUAAAAAGACACUGCAUGCUGUCAUGUAAACGACUGACCUGAAAUCCUAGUCCUGAACCUGAGCCAAUACAAGUUUCUUAAAGACAGAGUGGAUAUAAAUGAUGGUGGAAUGCAACCGUCUCGUACCGACAAAACACUGCACGCUGCGUCUUUUCUUAUAUAUUUCAGGGAGGAAAAUGCUGGAAUUAACGAACAUUUGGCUGGCUUUAUAUCUCUUUGCAGAAGAAACGUGAAUCCUAGUAUAUGUGUAUAUGUACUAUACAUAAGAGGCUUUGAUCUUGUACAGAGAACACAAGCAGGCUGCAAAAACUGUCCAUUCAUCUGAUGUCAAAAGGAUUUUACUACAGUCCAAUGAAAAACUGCUUCUCACUCUGUAAGCACUCUGUAAACACACACACACACACACACACACACACACACACACACACAUAGAGUAACAGAGUGAGACUCAGUGUGAAGUGGAAACCAGUCAGUUCUCUGGGACGGCACUCACUCCUCCUCACUCUUCCGCUAUCUGUCCAGAAAGUUCUUUUUCCAGAAGUAUUUUCAUGGCAAUGCUACCAAGGUAAAAUAAAAUGUGUGUCUCGCCUUUCUUAUUACUGCUGCUUGCUUUCAGUCAGUCACAGUUGGAUUAGCACGAUGAACCGUGUUCAUUGCUCCAUUAUAAAUUUAUGCCAAAAAAAAAAAACAAGCCGGUAGUCCAGAGGCACAGCUUUUCUUCCACAUGACUUACUACCAUAGGUUUAGACGUUUUUGGAGGUGAUGGAAAGAUGGAGGGAGGGGAAGAAAAACAUGUCAGACAGAAUUAGCGGACAGUUGUGUUUCAUGCCACUCCUUGUGGAAAAAAGCUGUCGCUGUUGCUUAAUAUGAAACUCUGCAGGAGCCUUGAAAUGGGUCUGUUCUUUUAUCUACCGCCGUGUUGUGCACCUCUAAAAAGCCACGACCGAUGUUUAGGAGCAAUCGGCUGGCAAACAUUGAGAGAAACUCGUAGUUCUGGCUUCAGAGACACACACACUCACACACACACUCACACACACACACACUCACACACACACAGCACAAAGACUCAGCCUUGUUUAAGCAGACGAAUCCACAGCUGUAGCCCAAGCUGGUAAAGUCUGUAACAGCAUGCUGGUUAGGCACACACACACACACACACACACACACACACACACACACACACACACAUACUAUGGGAAGAAUGCCAAGGCUGUAGCCAAAAAUUCUGUGAGGAAUUUUAUUUCCCUCCCCUUGAGCUGUUUCUGUGUGUGUGUGUGCGCGUGCGCGUGUGUGCGUGCGUGUGUGUGUGUGUGUGUGUGUGUGUGUGCCUGAAUACCUUUUGAAGUACGCAGAUGUCGCACAUUCCUUUGGUUAGCGAGUCAAUAAACAUGACAUCAAAAGGAUGCAUCUUUCUGAGUCUUACCUGCUUUUGGAAUGAUAAGUUAAUAGACAUUUGAAGGCAGAAAUAUAAAAGGAUAUAAAAUGUCACUCAAUCUUUUCUAGCCCAUGCAGCCAUACUGUUCAAAAUGCAGACUCGGACCAGACAGCAUUUACUCAUCUGGUAAUUACAUUUCUUGGGUGAUACGCUGAAAGCUCUUUCAACUUAAGUUUUAAACAUAGAAAAAAGGACAAGAGGAAAAUGCAGUAGACCUGAAAGUUAAAAAAGUUGCCAUCAUUUGGCACAAAUCACUCAAACAGAAACAAAACUUGUAUUCAGUAAAGGUUAGCGUCUGACAGCGGCGUCAUCUUUCCUAGCUGUCUAUAUUACACCUGUAUGUGUACCGAAGCCACCUUCAUCCUCCAUACGGCCAAAUAUUUACACGUCAUACAGACAAGGCCACUUCAUCAAUCUCUUUACUGCAUGUGCAACCACCCUGGAAAUCUUGUUUUUGGAUUAAGCAAAGAGGCUGUGGGUAAUAAGAGGCCAUCAUCCUGCUCCACAAGGCCAUUUGUCAGCCUGUAGUGUGGAGGCACAGUGAGGUUAGAGGAAGUUAAUAAAUUACCUUUCUCAAUAUCACCCUCUCCUACUUACACCACCUACUGUAUCUGGCAGCAGCUUCCUGUAUCCAGCCCGAGUUAGCUCGAGUUAUCCGACUCUAAAAACUACACUUCACGUCUAAAAGCUCAGACUGAUGAGUAAAAUGAUAGAGAAACAGCACAACAAUCGCUCUGACAUUCGGAGGCUUAUUAUAAAUAAAGAUGAAGUAGUUUAAGGCAAUGAUACAGAACAGUCCCUGGACCUGACCGAGCUCUUCCAGUGCCCUUGUUUUCACCUCUGCUCGAUUACAACAGAGCAAGACUCGAGCACAGAGAGCAGAGAGUGCAGCGCUAAUGCGUUCUGCAUCGAAGCGAGGGAAAGACUAGCAUGGCUGAGAUUAUCCACAGCUAAUGGGGUUUCAGUGCUAGAUACAGUGCUGUCCCGUAGCCAAACAAGCACCAGGAUGAAGAGGAAACAGAGCUAAAGCGCUUUAACCCUUCCUCAAAGCUGAACUUAACCAAAAAAAAUUGAAAAUCUGGACAGUUAAGUCCCAACAAAUCUACAUUCACGCUGUGGCUCAGGCGUAGCGCUACAGAACAGCUUACACGACUUUAUUGCGGUGAUCGCCGGCUGAAUUACAGCUCUGUGCACAUGUCUAGAGGCGACAGAGCUUUUAUGGUGCACCGUACCUUGUUUACAUUUGCGCUGGAUUCCUCUCAGUGGUCUCUCUGCUAAAUUAAAUCUAACGUUGAUUCACAGAGUGACAGAAUCCAAACAGUGCUUCCUCACACUUUUAGCACUGGAAGCGCAAAAGGUCUGUGAGACACUCUGCAUGUGUGUGUGUGUGUGUGUGUGUGUGUGUGUGUGUGAGCAAGAAGGUGAAAUGACAUUGUCAGGCAGAAUGAGAGGGAUGCAAUCUUACUGCUGUUAUGCUCAACCCCUCACCACUUGACCUUGCUGACCCGUUUGGGACGAUAAGCUUUAUGAGAUAUCACAUUAACAUGCGAAACCACCCACUGCUGCCAUUUAUCACAUGCUGCCCUGUUUAGUAAAGAGCAGGAGAGAGAGAAGGAGAAGGGGAUAAAGGAGGAGUAAACAAGUGCUCGGUGUAUAUUUAGUGUAAAAGUGGACAUGUUUUUGAUGUCUUGUUUAUCUGUGCAUGCCCGUGAUGGGCACCGAAUAUCACAAACAGUGUUUCUUUUAAUUACGCUAAGGUCCAUGUGCAGCAAUACUGAUAACAAACCAAAGCGACUGAAACGAAGAUCCGUUAUAAACAAGGUUAAAAAUGGAAAAUAAAGACAGAAAUAUAUCAAAUUAUCGAGAGACCUCGGUUUGAAAUUCCCGUCUUAGCCGUACGAUCUUGCAAUAAAGCCGACUGCAGUCUUUCCUGUGGAAUCCAGUCAAGUCUUCCGCUGAUGCUAAUUUUCUUUCUUUUUUUUAUUAUUCAGUCCAAAUCUCAUGCAAAAUAUCCAAAUGAGCAGCUUUAAUUUUGCAAUAAAUGGCGAGAAUGACUUGUGUAUUUGUUUUUUUUUUUAAACGUGUAAAAGAGGUUUUAAGUAUCCUGGCACUGUAAAGGUUUUUCUUUUUAUUCUUUAAAUACUUAAACUGAUCUGGCAAAUGACCUCCACGUCCCUGAACGCACACACCGAACAAGGCUGUAUGUACUGUACUAUAAUGUAAGUUAAUAAUCAUCUCCAUCAGACCUGGGAGUCUUGUACUGGGUGAUGGUUUGUAGUUGAGACUCAUGUAGAUCCAUUUGUAAACUCAUGUCCUCCCACUAGGCCUUUAGUGCUGUGUGCCACAGAUCCUUUACAGCAGUCGCCUCUAUCUGUAUCCCAGCAUUUAUUUCGUAACCAGUGUAGAACGAGUAUCUACUGUAUGUAGCAGAGCUGCUAAUAAUAGUAAUGUCCCUAACAGGUUACCUUUGUUUUUGUUUUUUUCUCCUCGGUCACCUUCUAACCCAUGUAAAGAUGUCCACGAUCUCUGUAAAUAAAUGUAGAUACCAAACAGCUAUGCAUGCUGAUAUUCUAGCAAUUAUUUCAGGUACUUUUAUAAUCAAAGUCUCAUGUGGCAUGUGCUAAAAACAAAGAAUAAAAAAAAUAGAAACAGUUAUUAGCUCAUAAAAAAAUGUGGAAAAUUGUGACAUUUUUAAGUACUGUAAGUGGUUGUUUCCUCUGCCUGUCAUCCGCAUUGUGUGUCGUUUUUGUAAACUCGUCUUUACAUUUGUAAAGGGAGGGUUGAGGCAAAUAGUCAGGAAUAAAAAAGGAGAAGCAGUGAAGGAUCUGAACUUUACACUUGCAACAACAAAACAAAUGAAGGUUAAAAAAAAAAGGCUUCAAUUGAGAGAAUUCUUAUUAAUACGGCGAUAUUUGUUGUGUUUCAUAAGUUUAUGUACAUUAAUAACACUGGAGGCAGAUCUGUUCCUUUAUUGCCCAAGUGCCAGAGCUGAAAGAAUAAACAGGGAGCUAUAAUUCUGUUUCCUUUAUUUUCUAAGGAGCACUUAAUAUUUUGAAUGAUGUUACUCUAAAAUUGCUAGUCGACUUUUAAAGUCGACUCGCAGUACGCUGCGCAACGCGCUCGCGCCAGACUCGGCUUCAUACGAACCCCAAAAGUGUUAUGAUUUGCCUCAGCCCUGUGUGUCCAAAUGUACAUUCUUAUUCAAAUGAAAUAUUCUAUGAAGGCGAAGAUGUAUCCUACGAACGGAGCUGGUUUUUUAGGAAUGUUUAUUUUUCAUUCAUGAUGAUCAUGAUAGUUGGAGGUGUCUGAUUUUUAAUCUGUGCUAAAGAUAUUUUAAAUUUAAUAAAUAAUCAUUGUAACAG